CAGGCAGACCAAACCAAACCACACCAAACCAAAACCCAAUCUCUCUCUCUCUCUCUCUCUCUCUCUCUCUCUCUCUCUCUCUCUCACUUUCCUUCCCUAUAAAUAACUCCGAACCAGUUCUCCACCCUCAAUCUCUCAAAUCCUUUCUCUCUUUCUCUCUCUCCUCUUUCAAAAUCCUUACUCCACAAGAAAAGAAAAAGGGAAAAAAAAAAAAAAAAAGGAAAAGGAAAAAGAGAGAUCAGAAAUGAGAAAUGGCGGUACAUUUAAUUCAACUUCUGCAGUGCAACAGAAGUCUCCGUGGCACUCUCCAGUGCCGUACCUCUUUGGGGGUCUAGCGGCCAUGCUGGGUCUCAUAGCCUUCGCUCUGCUCAUCCUUGCCUGCUCCUACUGGAAGCUUUCCGGCGAUUUCGACGGUGGCGACAGAGACGUGGAGAGCGGCGCAGGACGUGGCGACGGUGAAAAGGCCGGAGGCGGCACCGGCAAGGCGGAGCCGCCCGUUUUUGAGGAGAAGAUUGUCGUGAUAAUGGCCGGAGACGACAGGCCCACGUUCCUGGCCAAACCCUUGUCUGCUAGAGCUGCUUUUUCGCUCGGAGAUGAGGGGGAGAGUGAGACAGAGAAGGAAGAAAAGGGAAACGAGAAGAAGCCAAAACCAGAGCUGGGUCGAGAUGUCCAUGAUCAAGCAGCAUCAACUACAACAACAACUGCAGAGAAUUACAUGGAGACUCAGCACACCCAAGUGCAAAACCAGUGACCGAACCAUUUAUAAAUAUAUAAUACUAUAGCUUCUCAGUUUUUUUUUUUUUUUGGCUUUUUUCACCUUAGAGAGAGAGAGAGAGAGGUGAAUUUUGCAGCUUUGCUUUCUCUCUGUUUUUGCUUUUUUUUUUUUUUUGUUUGGGAUUUUGGUGUUACUACUCGGGGAGUGUAUAGAUUUUGCAGAGAUAUAUACACGAAAUCCUGAGAAAGAAGACCAAGAGGGACUUUUCUCUUUCCAAACAAUGAUUUUGUUUUCAAACUCAAAA